UGUACGGCGAUUGCACCGUCGACGCUACUGGCUCUGUUGGUCUCUAGCGAAGUGUGUAUUGACGCACGCGCGCGCUCGUUCGAAUCCAAGUGCGCCUGUUAUCGUCAAGAUUAUAUAUUUUUAUUUAAAAAGAAAAAUUAUAACAACAAAAAUAGUUAUUAUUAACGCCAAUUUUUAAAUAAAAAUGAAACGCGAAUUUUUGUUGGUUUUUAAUUAAUAGACCUGCAUGUGCUGCAAGUGUGAAUUACAAUUUUUUCCGAACGCGUGAGAAGCCUUUUUAUACUUAAAAUUUAGUAUUUUUUUUCUUUUCACGAUGGACGAAAUCGUACCUUCAAUAUCAUUGCCGUAAUCCGAACGUUGAAUGCACGCGAAUAUUGUACGCAUUAAUAAUAAUUAUUGUAUUACAUAUUAUAGUUAUACUUACGCGUGUUAACGUAUAUUCUAUAAUACUUACAUUAUUUUAUUUCUAUAAUACGUGCACAUGAAAUCGCCAACCAUGGGACUUAGCGGUACCACCAGAAGAUCAUCUUCCUCUAUUGCAGUAAAAGAGGAUCGAGGGUCGCCGUUGGUCGAAAACCGCGGGUUGUCGCAGAAAAUCAUGUAUCCGCAAAAUGCGUCAAAAGACGGCAGGUGGAAAAACUUGUACAACAACGAAGCGGGUAGUGACGUCAUUUUUUUAGUCGGAGACCCCGAAUGUUGGAGGUUUCCCGCGCAUAUAGAUGUACUAUGUCAAUACCCGGUGUUUGACGCCAUGCUCCGCGAACCUUGGUCGAAAAAAGGCACCCCGAUCCACAUACCGGAUGACGACCCUAGAGCCUUCGAUAACCUACUCAAGUUUAUGUACAAGAACACGGUGGAACUGAAAUCCGUAGUGACGGCGCUUGAGACGCUCGGGCUGGCCAACAAGUACAUGUGCGUGGACCUGGUAGACAAGUGUAUCGUCUACCUGACUCGUAACCUGACCGUAGACACGGUGCUCGUGGUGUACCAGGCGGCCAGGCUAUACGGUGGUCAGACUGCUCCGCGCCGCGAACAGCCUGCCGCUUGUUCGCCGGCGGCCACGGCCAGGGCCACCGCGCCGCCGCUACAAGACCUGAUGCCAGCGGCCGUGGCUGCUGAUGACGCGCACUCCGAGGCGUUCGCUCGCAUGGUCCAGCACUACGACACACUGUUGGCUUAUUGCGGGGCGUUCAUUGACAGGAACGCUGAUCGGGUGAUGACUGACGAGAGCGUCGACGAACUGGAUACGGCCGAGCUCAGAGAACUGCUACGUCGCGACGGACUAGCAGUGUCCAACGAAAUGGUGCUGUUCGCGACGCUGGAGCGAUGGUGCACGCACAAGUGCAAGCAGCAGCACUUGGAACUGACGGUGGCCAACCGGCGGGCGGUGCUGGACGACACAGUGCUGCUGUCGGUGCGCUAUCUGCAGAUGACGGCCAACGAGUUCCUGUCGGGGCCGAUGCCCAGUGGCCUGCUCAACGCCCAGGAGACGGCGGUGCUCAUGAAGCACAUACUCAACCCCAAACAGCCGAAGUGGACGUGCCAGCGGCUGACCAAGGAGACACUCGAGUACAUGGCCACGGCGCGGGCGAAACGAAACCACGGGUCAGCGGGCGCGGGCGGCGGGCUGUCGUACGUCAUCAAGCGGCGGUCAUCGUCGUUCAGGGGGGGCACCGCGGGCGAUCCGCACCGCUACGGCGACGGCGACGACAGCAGCCAGUCGUCCGAGUUCGACUCGCCGAAACGGUCGUUCUGCUGUACGGGCCGCAAAAAGAACAAGAAGAACACCGGCAAGAAGAACAAGAAAAAGUGUACGGACAGCUGUAUUUGCAAUUGUCUAAUUUACUGUUUGGACGUGUGUUUCGGUUGAACGCGGCCGCCGGCUCUCUUCCCUUCCCCACUUCCACCACACCAUCACUUGUACGCACACACAUACGCACACAUACACACUUAAUACACGCACUGGCCUAAUUGUACGUUAUAUAAUAUGUGUGCGCUUGUGUGUGUGUGUGUGUGUGUGUAUAUAAAUAUAGAGAUAAAUUUAUUUUACCUUAACUCGAAGAAAAAAACACAAAAAGAUCUCAGAAUAAUAAUCGUUUUUCCUUUUUGUUCGUUAAUAUUAUGAUUUAUGAUGAUAUACGUCCAGAGUUCGUCCCUCCCCACGUUAUCGGAUGCUGCGCGUGUAUACAUAAUAAUAAUAAUACUAAUAAAUAAUAUAAUGUAAAAAUAAAAAUUAUAAAAUAUAUAUACUGCCAUAUUAUGGGAGUGAUAAGGACCUUCUUAGAACUUUAAUUUCUCUAAUUUUGAACAAAUAUAACCAUUUAAGUAUAAAAAUUGAAUACAUUAUUAUAUUGUGCAAUGUCUAUAUACUAUAUACUAUGAGGAGAAGUCAUGCGUACAAUAUUAUACGAAAAGUCUGACGAAUUAUUAUUAUUAUUAUUUUUUUUUUUUGCAACGUAUAACCACUCACUCAUAAUAAUAAUAUAUGUCAUUGUCAUAGACACACUGUACUCUCAUGUUGACGAUUAUUAUAAUUUCCAACGCACCAUAUAAUAUAAUAUAUUAUUGUCGAUAAAUUAUUCGUAGUAACCGAGAUCCAAAUUCAAUGUACCAUUUAGUUAUUUUUUGUUGUUAUUAUCACGCUCAACUAAAAUAGUUUUUCAACAGUCCCUGUACGGUUAUACACACCUAUUACAUUGUAAUAUUUGUACUAUUAUAGUGCCAUACGUUUUAAAUUUAAGUUUUAUUUUUUACGAACAAGACGACAGCGAUAGGUACGUUUCUUUCGCCCCGACGGUCGACACAAUAGUGUAUAACAACUAAUAAACAACAAAAUGUUUACACAUUAUAAUGAUAUUAAAAUAUAUAUAAUAAUAUAAUAUAAUGUAUUAUGUAUACUACACAGUUUCGAGUUCCCCAUGCACUUUUCCCGCGCACUAACACACCGCCUCUCCAUUUUCGGCGGUACGCACGUGCAGCAGCAGUCAAUAAUAAUAUAAAUAAUAAUAUAUACUACGCGUCAAAAAUGUUUUCGUCCGCGCCACGCGGAAACCACACUCUCGACAACUCGAUUAAAAUUUGUAUUUAACGACAUUUCGUGCCAGUUACGUUUUAUAGCCAUACAAUAUAUAAUAACGCCGCUACGGUUUAUAGGAGCAAUAACUAUAAUUAAUACUUAUUUUUUAUUUUCUAUUUUCCCGCGCAUAAAAUAUCAUAUUCGUGUGCAUAUUAUCACUAAUAUAUUAUUAAUAUUACGUCGUCGUAAGUUAUUAUUACCCACGAACCGCCAUCAUAUUGACUUACCAAUAUUAUUAUCAUGCUGCUCGAGACGAUGGCAUUUUCAUCCUGCAACUCACGUCCGCCCUCCUCUCCACACCUUUUUCACCGGCUGUGUUCACCGGACCCCGCACUUGUGUUUUUUGCUUCGCACGCAAAAAAGUUAUUUGAAUUUAGUCACUAUCCUUUGAACAAAAAAAAUUUACCCUGAAUAGGAAACGUAGAUACGUGAUAAUAUAUUUAUUAUAUUGUAGUAUUUAUGUAACAUUAAAUAUAAUAUAGUCACGUUCGAUAUUUACAUAUUUAUAUUUUAGAUAGAUAUACCAUUCAAAUAUCUAUA